AUGGGCCCCUCUCGGGACGACAGUACGGUGAUUGCGGACACCGCCACGAGUGCCGCACGCGCGCUCUCGAGCGAUCUCCUAGACCGGCUGCAGCACGACUACCCCGCCGUCUAUGAAGCACUACACGCGUACGAGAAGGCGGCACGACACCUCAAACGCCAGUACAAAGCCAAAGAGGCGGAGCUGCUGCGCUGCAUCAGCGUCGGCGAGGAGCUGCUUGGCCAGAUGGACGUCCUGAAGCGGCGGUGUGAAGCGCUGGCGCACGAGCGUGAUGAGGCGGUGGCUGCUGCGGCCUCGGCGGCCGCAUCACGAAGAGAGCACGCGCAUACAGCAGGCGGUGCCGUCUCGAGUUCGACGUCAUGGACAAAGGAGAGGUGCAGCCUGCUGAGGUCGCAUGAAACGGAGUGCGAGCGCUAUCGCAUCGAGGUGCAGAAGGCGCUGCAGGACACAGCGGCGGCGCAGGCGCAGAAGCGAGAGCUGGAGUUUGCCCUGGAGCGCACAACGACGCAGCUAAGCGAAGCAGAACAGCAACUGCGCACCGCUCGCAACGCUAUAGCCGACUGUGAAGUGCACUACGCCGCACAACAGGAGAAGGAGAUGGAGCGACACAGAGCCGCACUGGAAAAGCAGCUGGCCGAGGUACGCCAGCAAGCGGAUGUGGACCGCGAAACUGUUCUUGCCGAGGCAAUGGUCGAGCUGGAGCGGCUGCAGCGCACGCUCGUGCGGACCCAAAAAGAGCUGGCGGAGCAGAAGCAGGCCUCCAGCGGCGCUCAAGCUUUGCAAGCGGGGCUGAACAGCACUGCCGCCACCGAGCUGGCGAGUCUGCAGAAGCAGAUCCGUGCCCUGACGGAGACCAAUCAGGACCUCCGACAGCGUCUGCAACGACGAGAGGCUGAGAUACAACUCGGCUGUGCAGCGAGCACCACCGGCGCGAGGCGAGAUGAUAGCCAGAGCGCGCUUACGCUUGCAAGCGGCUCCAAUCGAGGUGCAGUGUUGUAUGGCAGCACACUCGCCAACUCCCUUGCCAAUGCCCGACGAGAGUCCAGGGACGAUGCCGGAGAUGCGUCUGAUCUGGCCGCGGCGCAGGAGCGGCUGCGUGAGGAGAACGCACGACUACGGCAGAAGCUGCAGGAGGUGGCUCGUCGGGGGCAAGAUGACGUGGAUAAAGAGCACGCGGCGCGACUGUCGUUGCAGCAGCAGCUGCAAGCGAUGGAGGCUCAGUCUCACAUCCUGCGCACCGAGGUGGUGGGCCGCAUUCAGCGAGAGCUUCAGCAGACCAAAGAUCAGGUGGAGGUGUUCCAAGCACAAGCUGCGACGGCGCAGAGGACCGCCGCUGAGCUGGAGAUGCAGACGGCUGGUCUGCGGGAAGAGCAGGUAACGCUGGCCGAUGCUCUGCGAGCCGAGAAGGUCACAACGGAGAAGCUUUGGCGAGAACUCGAAGCAGCACGGGAGAGACUGGACGCACUGGACCAGGAGUUGAGAGCCGCUAGCGCCGCAGCACAGGAAAGGGAGCAGCUCGUGGUGCAGCUGCAGCGGGAGAAGGCCGAGCUAUUCAACGCGCUGCGGACAUUGCAGGCGCAAGCGGCAGACAUCGAGGUCGCACUCACGACUGUCACGGCGGAACAGUCGGAGAGCACCGCCGCCCACGAGGACACCGUGUCCCGGCUGCGAGACAGGUGCGUGCUCCUAGAGCACGAGGCCGAGGAACUGAGGACCGAACGCACCGCGUUGUGGCGCCGCCUCGGGGAUGCAGAGGAGGCCAUCGAUGCGCUGAAGGAUGCACAGCGCGUGUCGCAAGAGCUCGUGCGCGAGGCGCAGCGUGGUACGAAGACAGCGGAGGACCGGGCGAGUUUUGCCGCCGAUCAGCUCACUCUUCAACAACAGUCGUCGGCUGUCCGCUUGGCGGAGGCGCAGCAGCAUCUGGAGCGCGUGCGCACCCAACAACGCGAUCUGUCUCGGCGGAUGGAGGUGUGUCAGCAGGAGCUGUCUGGUAAGGAGGAAGCUCUGCGCAAAAACGCUGAGGCUCAAGAGGCACUCGUAGCCGAGGUUCAACGGCUGCGUGAGGAGCAAGCGAACCGCGACGAAAGUGUGAGAGAACGCUGGCGCCAACAGUACGCGCAAAGCAGUCUUGAACGGGAGAAGCUCAUUGCCAUAAAGGAGGCCCAUGCCGCAGACCUUCAGCGGCAGCAGAAGGAGCUGCAGAUGUCGCUUGCAGAGAGCGAGGAUCGCGUGGCGCAGCUACAUGAACAGCGGCAGCAGCUGCAGGAAGCCCUCUCCGACUCUCUUGCCACCGCGGCCAGUCAUAAAGGCCGCAUUCAGGCGCUGGAGGAGGAGCUGGCGCGCACAGCGGCGGCGCACCGCGCGGCGCAGCGCGAGUUGCAGCGUUUCGUAGGAGAGCGGGAGGGGAGCCCCAACACCAACCCUGGUCUUCGACCUUCCGGUGAAUGCGAUGCCUCGGCAGCGGUGCGUCUCGCGCAGUUGCAAGGGCAGCUCACCGAAUGUGGGGCGGCCUUAUGCGCAGCGGAGCAGUCGCGACAGCGGAUGCAGAGCGCAGUGUUGGGGUGCUUGAUGCCGGUCGACGCUAGCGGCGAGGUGACAGCCGAUGCGGACAACAUGUGGGACACUUUGUUGGACCUGCUGAGGGAAGGUGGUCGGGAGCUCUGCUCGCGCAGCACCUCCGCAGCGCCUGUGCAACCUCGACAGAUGAAAGCAGAGGAAGGAAACCCGGUUGCUGACGACAAGCAAGCAUCAAAUGCCGCGCCCGUGCCGAUCGACGCCAGCCGAGGUGCGGCGGCUGCGGUGAUCCGCGCCAUACACGACCUCGUGCGGCACUUGCACGACGCCGAUCGUCGCCGUUGGAGUUGCGUGAGAAACAAGGUAUUGGCUGCGUGCGUCGUCGCCGACGCGACAAGCGAUGAAGCGGCACCGGUCGGCGCUGCUUCCCCAGCGACAGAAGACCCGGCAGGGGGAUCUUCGGAGAAGCUCUGCGCCGAUCUCGCCUCAGCUCUACGGGCGUGGGCACUAGCGUUGAGGAGUGUCCAGGAGCAUCUGACUGACUAUGUCGCCCAGGUUGCGAAGGCAGCGCAUCUGGCGAGUAAGGGGGCGGCGCAGCAGGCGCAGCUGACGCAGCUGACGGUAGCAGCUCGCACCGCUGAAGAGCAGCGUGAUGCGCUGCAGGCCGCACUAGAGGAAAUGACGGCGAAGUACUCGGAGGCUGCGAAGCGGGCAGAUGCGCAGGAGAGUCGAGUGGAGGCGCUGCGCCACGACGUCGCCGUGCGCGACACUCGGGUGAGAGAGAUGGAGCAUCGCCUCGAUGUGCGGCAAGCCGAGGUGCAGGCAGAGCGGGCAGAGUGGGUGUCCAAGUGGCAAGAGGCACAACGGCAUCGUGAGGCGGAGAAGAAGGAAGCCGAGGCUGAGCGCGCACAUCUGCGUGCACAGGUGGCUACCGCGGAGGCGGCGGCCCAUCAGACCACCCAAAGGGCAGCGCAGGAGUCGGCGGAUGCGCUGCAGCAGCUCCGCACGCAGCUGCAGACGUUGCGAGAGACGUCCUCGGCAACCGAGGUGCAGCUGCGGCAACAAAUCACUCAACUGAGCUGUGAAAAAGUGGACGCCACAAGGGCACUGAGCCGGCUGAAGACCGUCGUAGCGCAGCUCGAGGAGCGCCUCAGCAGCACUGAAGAGACUCUGAGGUUGCGAGAGGCGGAGCUGGAAACAGCAAUAGUGUCGAUGCAGGAGCUGAAGCGAGCGCAGCUGCAGCGUCGCGCAGACGGUGCGGCGGCCGAUGCGUUUGAGCAGCGCACUCUCACGGAGCAGGUGACCUCCCUCCAGGCGCAGCUCCUGUCCAUCCAGCGCGACCACGACAUGCAGGAGACGCUGCACGCCACGGAGAGGGCGGAGAUGGCCGCGCUGCGGAAGGUGAAUGCUUCACUGGAGGCGCGCCUUGCUGAGGUGGAGGGCGAUCGCGCUCCUCUGCGAGAACAGCUGCACAGUCUUCUCUCUUUUACAGAAUAG